CGAAGUCUUCUUCGUUUUUCCUCUUUCCGCCUCUCUGGACCACCGGGGACGCUCUACAGUUGUUCUUGCCUAUUUCUUAGAAGAUCUUGGCGCCAUGGCCAUGGUACAGAAGCAUGCAACGAAGUAGGCGGGACUCGGAAUCCACAACUUCCUCUUCUGGUGGCAAAGGUCAAGCGGAAUGUAAACACUGGACCACGGAGCGGUGUCAGGUAACCCGGGCUUGUGGGUGCGCCGAGGGUGGAGGAGGAAGUCGAGCGGGAAUGGCUUCGUUUGGGUGGAAAAGGAAGAUUGGUGAGAAGGUAUCAAAGGCUACAUCCCAGCAGUUUGAAGCUGAGGCUGCUGAUGAGAAGGAGGGGGUUGAGAAUGAUGAAGGGAACUGGCUUCAUGCCACUAAACGUAGAAAAGAAAUUCUCCAGGAAGACUGUGCUGAGAAAAGUAAACAGCUGAAGGAGGAAGGAGCCAAUUUGGCAGAAAGUAAAAGAUAUCGGGAAGCAAUUCAGAAGUGGGAUGAAGCACUACAGUUAACUCCAAAUGAUGCUACCCUCUAUGAGAUGAAAUCACAGGUCCUAAUGUCUCUUCAUGAAAUGUUUCCAGCAGUGCAUGCAGCAGAAAUGGCUGUCCAGCAAAACCCACAUUCAUGGGAGUCUUGGCAAACUUUGGGUCGUGCUCAGCUUGGGUUAGGAGAGAUAGUACUGGCAAUUAGAAGUUUUCAAAUAGCCCUUCACAUCUAUCCAAUGAACCCUGAAAUAUGGCAAGAAGACCUUUCUUGGGCAAGAACCCUCCAGGAGCAGCAGAAGGUAGCACAAAGGGUUAAAAAGAGCGAAGAAGCGCCGUCUGGAGCGAUACCUUUCUCCCCUAAGUCUAUCCCUGACUAUGACUUUGAGAGUGAUGAGAUUGUGGCUGUGUGUGCCGCUAUUGCUGAGAAACAGAAGACAGCAGCGGCAAAUAAAACCAUGGUGAUUGUGUCCGCUUCCGGGACAGUGGAGACUGUAACAGAGAAGGAAGAGGGUGCUCCACCGCCAGACAACUCUGUGUUUAUCAAAGCCCGAUGAAGUGGAUGCACCCUAAAUUAUUUGAGUCUGUCUGAUUACUGCUUCACAUUUAGACAGAGACACACACGUACUCUGAGACAGGGAUGAGACUGCUGUCCAUAAAAUACAUUUGCUUCUCAUGAGGUAUAUAAAAAUGCAGUGGUAGAAGCAUUGUGUAGUGUUGGACUGUGCUUUUUAAGUUAUGACUUCUACUUGAGGCUAAACUCCUGAGAAAAAUGUGUUUGGGUUGAUAAACUUCGUUUAAUUUGGAUAUUAGUGGUUACACUUAAAGGUAUGAGUUGGAAAGUAUAUUCUUGGAUAGUGAAUAACUUGAUAACUAAUGUUAUUAAAGUAUUGACCCAUUAACAUGUUUUAUAGUGAA